AUGAGCGCCCAGGCAUACUACGAGCUCUAUCGCGGGAGCAGCCUCGGACUCUCCCUGACCGAUACCCUCGAUGACCUGAUCAACGAAGGACGGAUCGAGCCUCAGCUCGCCAUGAAGAUCCUCUCAACUUUCGAUCGCGUGAUCACAGAAGUGCUGGCGGACAAAGUGCGCGCUCGUCUGACCUUCAAGGUACGCUUAUCUAUGAGGAUAAGGAAGGCUGCGCCUGAGGGAUAUGAAGGAGGCGAAUGA